GACGUGGACGCUUCGGAGAUCAAAGUGCAAGUGUGUGUGUACGCCUUUGACCUCCUCUAUCUCAAUGGAGAGUCCCUGGUGCGGCAGCCGCUGGGUCGGCGUCGGGCUUUGCUGAGGGAAAGCUUCUCGGAGGUGGAGGGAGAGUUUGUGUUCGCCCGAUACAUCGACUCCGACAACACCGACUCCAUCGCAGAGUUCCUGGAGCAGUCUGUCCGAGACUCCUGCGAGGGUCUAAUGGUGAAGACUCUGGAGAAGGAUGCUACCUAUGAAAUCGCUAAGCGCUCUCACAACUGGCUCAAGCUGAAGAAGGACUACCUGGACGGGGUGGGGGACACGAUGGAUCUGUGUGUGAUCGGCGCCUACCUGGGAAAAGGCAAGAGGGCGGGCGCCUAUGGGGGCUUCCUGCUGGCCUGCUACGAUGAGGAGAACGAGGAGUUUCAGUCUGUGUGCAAGAUCGGGACAGGCUUCAAAGAUGAGGAUCUGGAGCAGCAUUUCAAUUUCUUAAAGGAGCACAUUCUGCCUAAGCCCCGCCCCUACUACCGUGUGGACCAAUCAGCAGAGCCCGAGGUGUGGCUGGAUGCCAUGCAGGUCUGGGAGGUGAAGUGUGCCGACCUAUCGCUGUCUCCCGUCUACAAAGCUGCCAUGGGGAUGGUGGAUCCAGUGAAGGGCAUUUCUCUGAGGUUCCCCCGCUUCCUUCGGAUCAGAGAUGACAAAAAGCCUGAGGACGCCACGACUGGAGCUCAGAUUGCUGAUUUGUACAAGAAGCAGCAGCAGAUCCAGAACCAGGGGGAGAAGGGCGAUCUGGAGGACUACUACUGAUCACCUGUGGGAAUAAUAAAUGAUGCCAAUUUCAGAAAUAAUUGUAAAUAGCUUUCUUUUUGUAAUGUCGAAUGAAAAUAAAGGCUGUUGCCAGUUUUAAGCA